AUGCUUACUUCCCGCUUUCGGGCGGGCUCCAAUGCCAGCACUCGAGAUGACGAUGGAUUCGAGGCGAAUGAGGAGGACGAGCAGACGUUCGAUCCCGCACAAGGAAGUGUACUCAUGCACAUCGUCAGCCAGCUCCGUCCCGGUGCCGACCUCAGCAGGGUGACGCUGCCCACUUUCAUCCUCGAACCACGCAGCAUGCUGGAACGCAUUACCAACUUCAUGUGCCAUCCAGAGAUGCUCCUGCCCAUCCCUAAGAUCGACGAUCCGGUUGAGAGGUUCGUCUCGGUGGUUAAGUUCUACCUUAGUGGUUGGCAUAUCCGUCCCCCUGGGGUAAAGAAGCCAUUGAACCCAAUCCUUGGCGAGAUAUACACCUGCUACUGGGACUUUCCUGAUAAUACCAGAGCUUACUACAUCUCGGAGCAGACGUCACAUCACCCUCCUAAGUCAAGCUACUUCUACAUGGCUCCCGACCAUCACAUUCGCGUAGACGGCACUCUCAAGCCCAGGAGCAAGUUUCUUGGCAAUUCGGCUGCCAGCUUGAUGGAAGGGAUCGCCAUCCUGACGCUAAUGAAUAGGGGCAAGGAUCCAGCUAAGGGGGAGCGAUAGAUGUUGUACGAGCUGGGCGACCACAGCUAUGUAAAGUGCCCGGAGAUUGGUCUCGUCGCAGACAUCGAGUUCAAGACCAAGGGCUGGAUCAGUGGUACGUACAAUGCCAUUUACGGCAAGAUCACUGAGGAGAAAACGGGCAACGUCCUGUACGAGAUUACCGGACACUGGAAUAAGGAGAUGUUCAUUGAGGAUAUGAGGACGCACACAAAGGAAAUGUUCUUCAACGGACUGAAGGCCACGCCAACUCCGCCCUUGACUCGGCCGCUGGAGGAACAGGAUGAAAGGGAAUCACAAAAGCUUUGGUACAAGACGGUACAGGCCAUCAAAGAGCAAGAUCAUGACACCGCAACCGAGGAAAAGACAAAAAUCGAGGAUAGGCAACGCGAAGAGGCGGCCAUGCGAGCGAAUGAAGGCAUUGAGUGGCACCCCAGGCUCUUCCGGAGAGUGAGAGGGGGUCCUGGUGGCUUGGAGGAGGGUGAAGAGGAUUUGGAGUGGAUCAUCAAUGCGCAAAUAGACGGCGAUACGGCCGAGAAGAAGGCCGCUCAGAUUAUGGCUAUCUACCCUGUCGUCAAGGGCCAGAAAUUCGACCCCAAGAUGGUGAUUCCCCCUAGGCGCUCCAAGAGCCAGUCCAAGCAUGAGAAUCACGCAAGCGAUCUGAUCGACGCUGAUAUUACUUUCGGGGAGAAUUUGGCCAAGGCAAACACUGACAAGCAAGGGCCGUUGGAUGACUUCCAAGACCUCAAGAAGGACCUUCCCGCCAGAAACCAGCACAAGAAAGCCGACGACAAUGACUCACACGACGAGGACGAUUUUCACGAUGCGCACGAGGGUUAG